UUCGCCAUUUUGUUUUCAAUCUCCGCCGUGUGCGUGACUCCGCGUGAUGUUAAACCGAAAAAACUGUUUUUCUGGUUUUAAACAGUUCAGUGGUGAAUAAACUAUUGUACAAAUUUGAACUAUGAUAAUUUCGUCGUGCUAGUGACACCGCGCGUAAUCAACGGUAAAAGAUGGAGCAACCAGCGCUGGGAUCAACGGUAUCAGGCGUCUCAUCAAUACCUUUUCCCUCAUCUACGGCGGCUAUGGAAGACCCAAGGAUGAGCAAGGCAAGGGUUGAAAAACUGAAGCGACGGAUUAUCAGGGCGGUUGCGGGUAAACUUAGCCAAAACCCGGAUGAAAAAGAAAUGAACAAUAUGUGGGAAGUGAUGAAAAAGUGUUGCAAGUGUGAUUGUAAAUUACUGUGGAAACAUAUGCGAGCGGUUACAGUGAAAAAGCUCAAACGUCUGAUCUCAGCUGACGACAGAGUUGAUGAAAUAACGGCGAUAGCAAGGCUGACAAUAACAGAUUGGUUGUUGUAUGACCUCGUACUGGCACAUGAGAACAUUGAUGUUAUUGGUCAGGAAAUAUGGGAAAAAACUGGCGAAGAGCCGGAACCACUGAUAGAAUUAUUCUUCCUCGUCGAUGAACAUCAAAUUGAGGAACUUGCAGGGACCGAAUUGAUUGAAGCCUGGCUUAAUCUAACUCGAGAAUAUAAUGACAGUGGCCGCAAAUGUUCGCCAAUGUUGCUCCAACGCCGAUGGUAUCAAUUGAAGGAAUCAACGAGGAAAGCCUUUUACCAAUUCUGGUGUAAUUUCCGUGGAAGUGUAGUCCAUUUAGAGAGAGCUGUCAAAUACAAACCGACUGCUCUUCAAGUGGAUAUUGCGAGGAAGUAUAAAAGCAUAAUACUGACGACUUUUCCAGAUUGGAACGAAUUGAUAAAGAAGAAAAAGGUCAUAUUGGCACAUGAGUUUGAUAAUUACAUCACUUUAUUGAGGCAGAGUAAAAAUAAAGUUACAGAUGACGAACCAGAUAUAGAACUUAUAGAGGAAAAAAUCGACACCAUCGACCUCGAAGAUGACUCUGAUUCUGAGAAAUGCAAUGACGUCGCUACUCCAACACAAGUCUCUGCGAACAGAACGAUGAAAUGUGACCGUGAAAAUAUUUAUUUAACCGAUGUGGAUGAUACGGAUAUACAUUUUCUUAAAGAAAUGAAUAUUCCAUGCGAAACACCGUUUGCUAACUACGUUGACACACCUUUAGUUAUAGAAUGUGGGGAAGUAUUUUCAAAUACAGAAUCCCGAGAUGCAAACGAUAGCUACCAAGAUCCAAGCAUGGCCGUGGAAUCUGAUUCACAUCAUUCUUUAGAUGAUAAUGAUAUUCUAAUUGAAAGUAAUGAUAUUAACCUCAAAAUGUCGGAAAUGGUGGAGAACAAUAAAGAGCAUGAUAACAAUGAGCCUGAUGCUUUUAAUAGGGCAGAUAGUAAUUUUGAUUUAAACGUUGGCAACGAUGAUUCUAAUGCUGUCUACGGAGAGUCUUCUAUUACCUGUGAUGACUCUUCCGAUGGCGAUAUAACUGAAAUUACGGAUAUAUUCAAUCCCUCCCAAAUAAAGAUAGAAACUCCGUUCUUUUCUGACACUGAUGUUGCUCAGACUGGAACCGUAAAAAAUAUAAUAGGAAAUAGUGUAGAAAACGACAAAUUAGAAGAAAGCCAAAGAAAUAUUGAGACUACCUGCGAAGAGAGUAUUUUACAAUUGAAUGAUAUAAAUGUAAGGAAGGGAAUGUCUCAUAUUUUUCCCAAGAUUCAAUCUGUUGCAAGCGUCAACAAUGAUUUUUCUUCAACUAAAGACAUAUACAAAAAUAUUUUGGCACAAAAAGCUGCAGAAUUAGAUCUAAAGCGUUCUGAGUCAUCUAGUAAACAUUUUUUAAAUGAAGAAAGCACAGUGAAAGACAUAGAAAUUUUGGGAAAUUUUGACGAGAUUCCAAAGGGUCUGCUUAUUGUAGACGAUGGCAUCGCUUUAGACGACGAAGACGAGGUUGCAGUUAAAGAAAAAUCCUGUAAAGACAAACUCUGCAAUGAAGAUAAAAUGCCUAAAAUUGAUCUAAAAUUACUUUUGUUUUCUACGGUUUAUACGAAGAAGUUAGAUCAUAUGGAUGUUUUUAGAUUUAUAGAGUUUGAUAAUAUACGAGAUAAACGAAUAAUCAAAUGCGCCGAGAUUGAAAGCAAACCUAAAGAUUGGCUUGCUUACAAUUUAGAAGAUAUAUCAAAGAAGAAGGAACAAAUUGUUAAAGAAGAAAUCGAUUCUAGUUGUUUAGAAGAUAAUCUUUUAAGCGCAGUUCGUAACUCUAAGGAAGUAAAUAUUGUAAAAACAAAGUAUCCUUUAAAUGAAGAUACAAGUACAAUUAAUGAUUCAGAGCAUCAUUCCAACCAGAAUCAAAUAUCUAGCGAUGAAGAUGACGAGCCUUUACUUUUUAUUAAAAACCGAGUCGAUAUACAGAACAAUAUGUUUAAAAAACCGCACGUAAAAAACUAUAAUCCAAUACAGCUGUGCAAAAACCCAGAUUUUAAUACACGAUUGAAGCGAUUGACAGCAGGAUUUCUCAGUUAUGAGAAAAAUCGUGAAUUCUUGAAACGGUGCCACCCUGUUACAAUUGACCUGGAUAAGAAGUUUGAAUUGAACCUCAUUGAUAAUAUUAUGUAUUUUAACGAAAGCACGGUGAAUAUCAAUAAACCGUCAAUCGAGACUCAAGCAAGUGAGAUUAAAGGAGGCCAGCCUAAUACCAAUACCACUCAGGCGUCUAUCGAGGUCGAAGAAAGUACUAAAAAUCACAAUGUUUCGAAUGUUAUUACGUCUCAUUCCACGCCUUGCGAAAGAAAUAAAGUUAUACAUUUACCUGACAUUACUGAAAUUCGUCGUGUCAAUAAAAAUUUAGUCACAGCAGAAGUAGCACCUCUGCAGACUGCAAUAAAUACACCAAGUGAAGGAAAACCGAUAAAUGAAAGUUUUUCUAAUCUUAUAAACGAAGAUAUCUUUACUGCAACAAGUACUAUUACUAGUUCAAAUUUAGACAAACAGGUUUGUGAUAAUGAUACAAUUAUAGUAGAAGAAACUAAUACAAGCAACGAAGUUGCUCGUGUACACGAUGAAGUUAAUAAAACUAUUGUAGAUAAUAAAAAUACUGAUAAACGUAAACCUCGACAAAAAAAGCCUUACAAUUAUGCAAGGUACUAUUUACCUUGGAAUCGUCCUGCAAAUUUUGCAAAGGAAGAAGAAUGUCUUUUAGCUUCAGACACUGUAGAUAAAAUGUUAGCACUAUUUAGUGGACAAGAAAUAAAAUCGAAUAAUAAAAAGAAAACUAAACAGUGGCUUAAAAAACCUAUGGUAAAAGCGGUAAAUAAAAUUGAUGAAAAAUAUAAAAAAGAUCUGAAAAUACAUGAACUCACAAAAAUAAAUAACACAAAUAAUAAUAGCAAUAACGACAAUACGCUUCAUACAGGUUUAACCGAAGACGCAUUAGCAGUACUAUCUAUCUCCCAAAAGAGAAAAAAGAAAGAGUUUUGUUGUUGGGCUCAGAAAAAAAUAAUGUACCCAAAUCUCAAACGAAAGCAUUCUUGUAAAAGACCUUUAUGUACAUGUUGUUGUAAAGACAAACUUAUGGAAAAAUAUAAAAAAAUGCGUGAAAAAUCAACCAACGAACCAAAUCAAACGGCAGCUUUGACGUUAUCUAAUGAAGAAGUACCACCCCUAACAGCGGCCUUCACAUUAUCUGAUGAAGAAGUACCAAACCGACCGGCGGCUUUUACAUUAUCUUCUGAAAAAGUACCAAACGAAUUAAACCAGAAAAGAAAAUAUGUUAUUAAUAUACCAACAGUACCAAAACGUCCGCAAACGAUGAAAUCAGUUCCUUCAAUUGUCAUUGAUGGUAAUACCAAUAAAAUAAACGUACCCAAAUUUAUAGUGAGACAUCAAACACCAAAAGUUAUAGAAAAGGUACCAAAACUAACUAAGACCCCAAAUACUAAUAUACAUUCUGUUGAAACUAGUGAUACAAAUCCUCCAGUCCAUAAAAAUAGGCCUAGGAUAAAAACAAAUUUAACUAACACUGAAAACGUCCACACAUUAAGAACGUCGAACAUAAAUGUGGAACAAGAAUGUCAGGCUGUCAUGAAACCCAGAUCUAGACUAAAUUUCUGUAAAGCAAUUUCAAAGAAUAUGCAAACCGAAAGUGCACAGUUAAAAAGUGCACCAUCGAAUAGUGUGACAUUAAGAGUAAAGAAGGGAGCCAAAUCUUCGGCAUCGCCUAUAUUCUUAGGGCCAAAUAAAAUUUUACUGAGUACUGUAAGAAGUCCGAUUGCAAAGCCAAUUCUAAUAGACACUCCUAAAAUAAUAUUACCUGAAGGUGUUUCUUUUGUUUUGUUACCUAAUAAUGAAUUAGUGUUAUCAAUUGCACCUGGUGUUGAACUAGCAACUGAAGAAUUACGACAUCUCGAUUUUGUGAUAAAAGCAUUGCAAAAGGUUUUAGGAAAACCUGAUACUCGUCAAAAUACUGAAGGUGAUUGUGCAAAAGACGACAUGGACAAUAAAGAAGCAACUGAUAAAACUAACAUUUUUUCAAAAAAUAAGGAAGAAAUCACCGAAAUGAAUUUAUCUAUAAACGAGGAUCCUAAAAAAACGUUGACUGCUAAUGAUAAGGUUCAAAAUGUCGAUUCGGCAGAAAGUAAUAUUGACUUAGAAUUAAGUAAAGGGAGCGUCAAUACCGAAAACCCAAACCGUAAAACCAUUUUAUCUGAUUUAAUGGAAAUGUCUGGCAUAUCACCAGAAGACGCUAAAUUACCCGAACCUUCCAUUCAACCUGUAGAACCAAAAAUUCCUUGUGAUAAUGAAAUGGGUACUUCGGAAAUGCAUCCUGAUCUACUCCACUUAUUUAACAAUCCUAUUGCUGUUGCAGCGUUAGCCAAACGACCAGAUCUUAGUAUAUUAGCAACAUAUAGUGAUUUACGAUAUGCUUCUGAUAAUAAUGGAAAAUUUUUCAAAAUGGAUGUUUGUACAGGAAAGAUUUCUCGAAUAAAUGUGUUUAUCAAAAAAAAAGAUCAACUUAAUAAAAUGAAGACAAAUCCUCUAGAUAACCAAGAACCAAUUGAUUUAACAUCUGAUAAAGAUAGUUGCAAUGAAUCUGAUGAUGAUACUUUAGUUACAAGCAUUAUGAUUCCUUCUUCAAAAAAUAACAAAGCUGUAGAUGGCGUCAAACCUUUAAAAUUAUUCAGAGCUAUGAAUUCAUCUAUUUUAAAACAGAAUGACACAUUGCGAAACAAGAAUAUGAAGGUUUACGCUGGUUCGAUGAUGGCAGAAAAAAGUGUAUUAAAGGUCGUUAAUUUGGGUAGACGGAAGCAAAACUUAAAUCGGGGUAUAAAAGAAGACAUGAACAAUGCAACAGGUAAUCCAAAGGAUAGUAACCAAGGUGAAGCUACAAGUAUAAACAUGGAUGAAUUCGGCUCUGAUUCUGAUGACGAACCUCUAGCAAAAAAAGCAAAUCGUGGGAAAGAAGCUAUUAAAGCCAGUGAAGCGACAAGCAAUGAUGUUGAAGGUAGUGAAAUGCUCAUGGAUGCAGAUUUCGAUUACUCGUCAGUGGUGUAUCAAGAAAUUCAAAAUGAAUUUGAACCUAUAGAAGGAGCUGGAGAAGAUUGUAUUUUAGGAGUAUGAAAACAGGAUUUAAAAAAAUUUAAUACCUUGAAAGUUCACAAAGUAAAAUGCCUUAGUAGUGUGUACCCAACCAUUAAAAGAUAUUUGUUGUGUACCUUUAGUGAAAAUAAUAAAUAAUCUAAGUACAUAUGUAAAGGCAAUGUUAUCAUCUUAACUGUGAUAUUUAAAAUAUUCUAUUAUAGAAAUAUUUAAAAAGGG